AUGCAUCGCACGCAUCCUAUUCCAGCUCGAGUGCUGCCAGUCAAUCCUCCGCUGGACAGCUCUGGCAAGACGAAACCUCGAGUUGUAGUUCUGGGGUCAGGCUGGGGAGCAAUGACGGUUCUCAAGUCCAUCGAUCACUCCAAAUACGAAGUGGUUUGCGUCUCUCCCAAUAGCUCUUUCAACAUGACGCCUUUGCUAGCUCAAGCAGCUGUAGGUUCCUUGGAUUUCAAAGCUACCAUGGAGUCUGUCAGGUCGUGCGGCUCCACGCAGCUGUACCACGCCUGGGCAGACGGCAUCGACACUACAGCCAAACAUCUGCUCCUGACUCCAGCUUAUCCCCCUGCUUUCAGAACCGCACCGCCCGCCACGCUCGGUCCGGACGACGCACCUAUGAGGAGCUUCCCGAAUGCUAGAGGUGGUCAUAGCACUAGCUUUGUCAGACCUCCUCAUAGGAGAGCUAUCGAGAGCUCGGAAGUGGAGGUGGAUGGGGAGAGCAGCAGAAGCAGACAUCAUGCGCAGAGCGAGGGCGAGACGUGGAGAAGCGCUGAAGAAGGCAGGCAGUAUCUCUUGCCGUACGACAAGUUGGUCAUCUCGUGAGUCAUCCGGCUGCGGACAGGAAAGAUGCUGGCUCCGAUCGAUGAGCGUCAGAGAGCUCUCGAUGACCUGUCCUGAUGAGCGCAACUACCUCGCCUCCUGCACGCCAUAGGGUUGGCGCUUAUAAUCGGACAUUCAAGACUCCAGGUGUUCGAGAAAAUGCCUGGUUUCUGAAGGAUGUGCAAAAUGCUCGGUCGAUUCGGUGGGUAGUGAUUCAUCCCAAAUGAGCUCGCCGAUGGUCGUGACCGCUUAGCCGAGUUCCGUCACCUGAUUUUGGAUGUAGAUGGCGGAUUCUGGAAGUGUUUGAGAUGGCUGAUCACCCAACGUGAGUGCAACUCGGUUCGAUGCAAGCCAGAGCGAGGACUAAUACUUCGGCAUCUCCUUGAUUCCGCACCGCAUCCUUUUCCCGCACCGCAUCUACCUAGCAUGAGCGAUGAGCAGCGCAGGCAGCUGCUUAGUUUCAUCGUCGUUGGCGGAGGGCCGACCGGCUCAGAGUUUGCAGCAGAGGUUCGUGGCUCCGGUUGACCAAUGAGCGCUUACGCUCUUGUGUCUGAAUGUCUUUCGUCCCUUUUCAAUUUGACUCCUUGGGUCCAUAGCUGCACGAUCUAGUCAAGUCCGACUUGACGCGCAUCUUCCCUAAGGUGGCACCGUUGGCACAAAUCACUCUGAUUGACGCUUCCAGCGGUAUCCUCUCCUCCUUCGAUGCUAGUCUCUCGACCUAUGCCAGGCAGAAAUUCAAGAGGGAUGGGAUCAAGAUUCUGCUCGAAAGACAGGUAAAAAGAGUGGACAGGGGCAGACUCGUCGUCGAGCCCGAUGGCGAGAGUAAGUCGACGCUGUUUCAGAAGCCUUCAAACGCAAUGUGUUGAGCUUUGCCCGUCCGCCUUGACUUACGCCACGCCUCGGACCGCUCGCAGUCCCUUUCGGUCUUCUUGUUUGGUCAACGGGUGUUUGCAGCACACCGCUCGUCAAGGUGAAUCGACACUGGAGAACAGACAAACCUACACUGCCUGCGUCCGCUAACACACUCUGCAUGUGAUCACCGUUUCUCAGUCCAUUACCUGCAUCAAGAAAGACGAGCGCAACUCGUUCUUGUACACCAACGAGCACUUGCGCGCGCUCGCUCCACAGGGUGAAGUCGAGGCCACCAGCAGUUCCGAAGCAACACCGAGCGCGCCCAGAGUCUUACCGGAUGUGUAUGCGAUUGGGGAUUGUGCGCAAAUAGAGGGGGUUCCUCUACCCGCUACUGCACAAGUAGCGGCUCAGAAGGGCAAGUACGUAGCUUCCGUACUGAACGGCAAAACCUCACCAGAGACCAAGUUCACCUUCAAGAAUAUGGGUCAGAUGGCCGCUCUGGGCGGUGGAAAAGCAAUCGUGGAUUCUCCGCAAGCUAAGAUCCAUGGACGAUGGGCUUGGAUUAUUUGGAGAAGCGCUUAUACCUUUAUGAGCUUGAGCAACAGGAACAGAAUCCUAGUACCUUUCUUUUGGGCCGUCAAUCGAAUCUUUGGGAGGGACCUCAACAGGUUCUAA